AUGACAGCCCCUAGGAAAGUAAGAACGCCACUUCGAGCCAUCGGGCAGGUGAAGAGAGUCAAGAGACGAAGAGGAAAGAUCAAAAGUUUUGACGAAGAAGGAGCACUACCGAAGCCCGACCCUUCCAAGGUUUACUUGGAGGAUCCCAUCGAAAUAAAGCGGAAAAACGAGGGCAUGACAAUGGACGUUUUUGACUUUUGGGACUAUUUGAAUCGAGCAUAUUGGAAAGGAAGACUGAGGAUUUGCGAUGGUGACUUGAUGAGAAAGCUGAUCGAUUGUUUCGAUGAUUUGGUACAAAAUAAGAUUCUUGCUAAGGUCGUCACGACAAGAAAUUUUUGCAGACGUGAUAGAGAUGGAGGUUCGGUCCAUUCUUUGUUCAACGAAGAGGAGAAACAGUUCUGGAAAGAAAAGGCUCUCCACGUUAAAGCAACAUUCACGUAUUAUGGAGGAACUCCAAUCAAAAAGCACCGUAAAGUCUCCUUUGCAACAUCGCCUAACACAGUCUUUACACCUCAUAUUCGACACUCGCUUCCUAUUAUGAAGCGCAGACACGAUCCCCUUACAGCAGAUCCAAAGGAUGAAGCCAUAUCAAAACUGAAUACCCAGUUUACAUCGUUUUUUCCUCGACUCGGCUGGGACAGCAACAUCACGUGCCAGUCAGACACAAGUGAGUGGUUCAUUUCACCUGUCUCAGAAGACUUAGCGACCAAGUGUAUCAAAGCGGCCCAAGACUUCCUGAUCAUCAAAGAGCAGUUUACAGACAGCGAGACUUGGCGGACUGUUACUAGUAUUACAAUCAGUAGAAAAGAAACAAGGUACAAAAUGUAUCGUGUAGUGAAGGGAAUGAAAUCCUUCUACACGUCUGCGGAGUUUUCUUUGCAUCGUUAUGCAUUGGAGAAGAGAUCAGAAAUACCUAAAUCAAGAGGUCUCUUUGCUUUAAGGCCGCGAAAAAAGAUUGAAUAUGUGGUUGCAACGUCACGCAAUCCACAACUGAGGCGCACUGUGUUGCCAAGAAUAGAAACAGAAACAGCUUGA